AUGAAAUAUAUUUCUAUUUUAAUUGUUUUUUUUGAAUUAUAUUUUAUAUUGAACUUCAAUGUAACAUCAUGUUUUCAAUUAAAAAGGAAUACACCCUUUUAUGUUUAUAAUAGAAAUAUUAUAUCAUGUAUAAAAAAAAAUGAGAGAAACAAAAAGGUACUAAAAUUAGAAAAAUCCGUUAAAGAUGGAAAAUGUGUAAAAAAUUUAAAUAUUAAUAAAAAUGAUAUAUAUAAAGAUAUAGAAAGUUAUUUAAAGAACGAUGCUUCCAUUUCUUCCAAUAAAAAUAAAAAUAAUGACAUAAAUAAUUUAAAUGAUAUUAGAUUUACGAAUUUUGUUUCAAUUUCAAAUGACUGGAAUAAUAUUGUUAUUGGAGAUGGGAAUAAUAAAGAUAUUAGGAAAUUAACAGACUUUUUAUUUAACGAAUAUAAAAGAGCAUAUGCUUAUAUUGAUGAAAAAGCAAGAAACAUAAACAAUAUUGUAAAUUCGGAAAAAAUAAAAUCAUUGCUUGAUAAAUUUGGUUCAAUACUUAUUGAUGACAUGAAUAUUGAUGAAUUUUAUAAACAUAUAGAAAUGUGUUUUCUCUUAUUAAACAAUUGUAAAGAUAAUUACAUAUCAUUUAGUUUAGUUAAAAAUGAAAUAAUAAAUAUAGUAAAUCAAAUUAUAAAACAUUCUCAAAAGUUUUUACGGGAUGAACAGAUUUGUAAGAAGAUGAAAAAUGAUUUUAUGAAUAUACAUAAUUUGAUAAAAGAAAUUAAAAAAAAUGAUAUUAUAAAAAUUAAUAUAAAAAAAUUUUUGUCUGUAAUAAAUAGUAAUAUUGUAUUAAAUAAUAAUAACAUAUUUUAUUUUUUAACAGAAAUAUUUUCAUCGUUGAAUUUUUUAAUGAAAGAUAACCCACAAUUAAUUUAUGAAUACGAUUAUGUAAUAAACCCUCAUUUUUUUUUUCUAUGUAUUUUUUCAUUAUAUUCCUAUAAUUUAAGCAAAACACGUUUUUAUUAUUUUUUGUUGUUAAUUCAUAAUCAAUUUGAUUUAAAAGAAAAUGUUGCAAAAUAUGAUGAUAAUAUGAAUUAUAACAGAUAUAAAAACUCUAUUAUUAAUAUUAUUUUUGAAAGGGAAAAAAAGGAAUAUGAAUCCAUUAAAGAAAUAAUUGUACAAAGUGAUCACAGUAGGAACACGCAAAAUACAAAUGAAACGUUAGAUGAUAAAAAUAUAAAUAUAGAACAAAAGGAGAACAAAACAAAUGAAAAUUCUGUUUCGUUUAUAGAUAAUAAUAAUAAAGAAGAAGCGGCGAAAAAAAUAUGGGAUGGUAUAUUAUUUAAAGAAUUAUAUGAUAACAUAUUAAUAAAGAUUUUAUUUUUUUAUAUUUUCUUUUAUUUUGGUGAUCAUUAUUUUUGUAUAAUACUUUUGUUAAAUUUUAAAUACAUUAUAGAAGAAGAAAAUAAACAUGAUGAUAAUAUAAAGAAAACUAUUAAUUAUUGUUUCUUUUUAUUAUUAGACAACUUAUAUCACAUAAGAGAUUAUUCUAAAAUAAUUUUACUCUUAAGUUUAUAUAAAAAUAAGUUUAACACAUUUAAUGACAAACAUUUAAAUGAUGUACAAAAAAUUUUUAAUUCUGUUAUAAAUAAUAUUAAUGAUGAAGAAUGUUCAGUGGAUAUGUCUAAAUUGCUUUUGGAAAUUAAAGAAUGUAUUAAAAAUGUAGAUAAUGAAAGAAAAUGUGAUCGUCAAGAAAAUGUGAUGGAUUCACCUGAAAAUAAAAAAAUGGAUGAUUAUUGUUAUUUAAUAAAUAAGAAUGAGAUGAUUUCUAAAGAGGAAAUUAAAAGUGAAAAUGUAAAAGCAUAUAAUUCAGUUGUUAAAGAAGAUAUGGAAGGUUGUGUAAAGAACUUAAAAAACGGUGAUAAUAAUUUGAUAAAAGAGUCACAACAUAUGAAUGAGAAUUUUAAUAGUUAUUUAUUUCAUUUAUUAAAAAAUAAGAAAUAUGACAAAAUAGAACAAUUAGAAAAAAGAGAUAAUUUAUAUGUAAAUAACAAAACAUAUAGUUUAUUUAUUCAAUCUUUUUUAGGUAAUCAUAAAUAUGAUAAAGUGCAUAAAGUUUAUAAAAAGAUGAAACAAAAAAAAAAUAUACCUAUAAAAUAUUUAAAUGCAAAACAUUUAAUACAUAGCUUUAAAAACUGUGAUAUUGACAAAGGUGAUGUAUUAAAUGAAUUACAAUUAAUUAAUAAAAUAUAUUUAAAUUUAUAUUUUUCAAAAGAUUCCUAUUUUGUGUUAACAAAAACGUUGUUAUAUAAACAUAUGUGUGAUUACUUGAAAAAAAAAUGUGAAAUGAAAAUAAUUAUUGAUAUAUUUAAUAUUAAUGAACUUUUAAAAUAUUUCAUAAAAUUUAAAAGUUUUAUAAACAUAAAAAAGUUGUAUUUCAUUUUGUUAAGAUAUUCUUAUAUAAAGACGUAUAAAACUUAUUUAAUAUUGAUAAGAUUUUUUAAUAAUUUGAAUUAUGAAAAUAAUAGCGAAAAUAUUGAAAGUGAUGUUAUUAUAGAUAAUAAAAACAAAGAAAAUUCAAAUGAAGAAAAUGUGCAAAAUGAUAAUAAUAUAAAAAUAGGAAAUUGUAUAAAAUGUGCUUUAGAAAAGAAUAAUGAAAUUUAUAAUGAUAUAAUAAAUUUAAGGAAAAAAAAAUUAUAUGAAUACAUUUAUCCGAUUGAAUAUUCGAAAAUGGAUGUAGAUUUUUAUAACAAAAUAUAUGAUCUUUCAAAGAAGGAUAAAUAUGAUAUGAGUUUAAUUAUUUUAAGUAAUUUCAUUACUGAAUAUAUAUUAUCAGAUUAUUCCUCAGAAGAUAUAGUUGAAAAUGAAUAUGAGAACAUAGAAAAUAUAUUAAAUAUAUUUUUCGAAUCUAUAAAUUUGUUUUUUUAUAAACAAGAUUAUAAAAUAACCUUAAAUAUUUAUUUCUUUUUACUUUUAUUUUUAAAUAAUUAUGUAACAAGAUAUAUAAGGAAUGAUAUGAAAUAUUGGACAUUUUUAAAAAAAAAUAUGUUAAAUUUUUUUUUAUCUGGUAAUUAUGAAGUAUUAAAAAAUAAUAAGGAUUUAAUAUAUGAAUAUAUACCAAAUUUUAUUUUGAAUAUCAUAUCUUUGUGUAUAAAACAUUUAAAAAAUAUUCACACUAUGAAAGAUGUUUCUACGUUUAAUUGUUUAGCAUAUAAUUCUUAUGAUGUGAAUAAAAAUAUGGAUACUGCAGUAAAUUAUAAAAAUAUUAUGUAUAUAUUUUUUCUUUUAAAAAAUAAUUUAUAUUUACUUGAUGAGACUAUGGAAAUCGAUAUAUAUGAUAAACAAACUAUAAAAAAAAAGAUUAAAAAUAGUUCACAUAAUAAAAACAAUUCAAGGAAAUUAAAUUGUUUAUAUAAAGAUGUAAUUGAAAAAAAUUAUAAAGAAGAAAAUAAUAUGGGAGAAACCAACAUUUUUAAUAAUUUUUCGAAUAGUAUAGCUAAUGUAUUUGUUAAAUUAAAGUAUACCAUUGGAUCUGAUAAAAAACCUGAACAUUCUUUAAAAGAUUUUUUAUUCAACAGAUUAAAAAUGCUUGUAAGUAAUAUAUCAAGAGAAGGCAAAGUACAGAAACAUGAUUCUAUAAUCAAUAUAUUGAAAGACAUUUUUUUCACAUAUAGCAAUAUAAUAUAUUUAAAUUCAAAUGAUUUUGUUCAUAUUUAUGAAAAAUUAAGUACAAUAUAUGAUAAUGUAUUAUCAGUUUUAAGUAUCAUUAUUUUUAAUGAGAAUAAAAACUUUAGAGAAAAUAAUACUGAAUCUUUAAAACAUAUUCAACAACCGUUACAAACAAAUAAUGAAAUAAAUAUUCAUAAUUUUAUUACUAUGUUUGUAUCAAUGAAUAAAAAUUAUUUUAAAGAUUUACUGAAUCAAAAGGUUGUACAGGAUAUUUUAAGAAAGUAUGGGAGUUUUAUACAAAUGUGUAUAUAUUUUGAUUUAAAGAAAAAAAAGGUGGACAAUAUAAUAAAUUUAUUGGAAUUAUCAAGAAAGUGUAAUAUUCCUAUAAGUACAGAAACAUUAAUAGAUGUUUUCAAUCUAUAUUUUGAAAAAAAAAUGAAUAAUUUGAUAUUCAAAGAAUUUGAAAUGUUUUCCUUAUCAAAAGAAACAAAAAAUUUUGAAUUAUAUUACAUUGUAAUGAAGACUGCAUUUUUUGAAGAAAAUGUUAGAAUUGCGUUAAAAGUUUUCAGUAUUGUAUUAAAUAUUUUUAAUUUAAAAAUUAUUCCUUUAAAUUUUUUUGAAUGUAUUCUUUUAAUUUUAAAGAAAAAGGGUAAAUUUAAUGUUUUAUAUGAGCAUAUUGAUAAAUUACAUAGGCAGUUAAUAAAUUAUGAAAAAAAUAAGAAUUUUCAUAAUAUAGAAAAUCUAUCACUUGAUAUAAGAAAGCUCUUAGAGAAAUAUAAAAAAGAAAAGCAAUUUUAA